AUGUAUGAAGAGCGUAACAAUCACAUUUUGGCGAUUCUCGCUUGGUCGUACAAGGCAACCAAAACAGUCAUUGGUCACUGGAACUUGCUGACCAACAACCGAAUUCACCCCACAAUCACCCCGCCUUCCCUCAAGCCUCCAUCAGAACUACAAAUAAACACCAAAAUGGCAUCCAAUCCAUUUCAAUUGCCAGAUCGCACGGGCUCAGGCCCAAAUUCGGAGGUCGCACUCCGAAAUCGCAACCAGGUUUUGGAGAGUACAUUGCAGGCAGAGCGAGAGACUUGGGGAAAGCGCGAAGCAGAACUGUUGGCUGAGAUCCAGGCCUUGAAACUUGAUCAUGAGCAUUGCGCAGAGGAUUAUGACGCUUUGAAGGGGUAUGUAGAGGGAUUGAGGGAAGGGAAGAAGGAGGAUGUUGUCACCAUUACUGAGUUGAAGGAGAAGCUGGCGGAGGCAAAUCGUCGCGCAGAAGCUGGAGAGACUGCUGUGGAGGAAUUGGCAAAGUUGAAGGUAGAGAAGGAGGGUAUUGAGGCAAUGAUCAAGAUUGUUGUUCAUACUCGGUAAGUGUAAACAAUUGCCAUUCUCAAAGCAUCAAAAUUGUACAUCUAACAUGGCUCUAGUCUACGCUUCCUCUUCCAAGCCCUCAGUGUUGUACCCGAGGCCAGACCACGUAUUCCACCAGGCGCCAUCAAUCAGUAUAUCAAAAACGGCAAUGCAGCCGCCCAUGCAGGUUGCGGAACCGCUGAUGCGCAAUUGUUCUUGGACCAUCAUAUACCACCAUCUCUCCUCCCCGGAAUGACUCUCAUCUUCAAGAAUAUCUACCGGAUGACACCAACGGAAUUCGUAGCAUUGAGCGAGAAAGAGAAGGUCACGAUCGAUUGUGAGGUAACCAUUCGAGUACUUCAGGUCCAGAACAACAGCAUAUCACGACCAAUUGCACAGCGUCAACAGGCACUGGACCAUAUUGAGAUAAUCCGAAUGAAAGCCAGCAAGAUGAGCCGCGCAGAUUUUGAGGAUGACGCCGAUGUUGAGAGACGAUUGGGUCUCGUCAAGGAGUUGGUUGCUGAGAUUGUCGAUGGAGAUAGAUUGAACUCUCUUUCUGGAGGAUCGCCGAGUGCAAAAGACCGACCUGCUCCGAGAAGACCAUCAUCUAAGUACUACAAGUAG